AUGAGCCCUCUUGAUCCAUCGUCUAUACCGACUAGUGCAGACAGCAUGUCUCCUAGUAUUGUCCUGCCCUCUAAAGGGUAUCGCGAACCAGAUCUGAUUGAGUCAGAAACGUCCGGCGAAGACGGUCAUGGGGGAAAUCGAGAAGCUCCUCAGUCGACGGUGGCCAAGAGUGCCCUAUGGCAAGGAACCCCCCUACCACCUGGAUGGAUUUGGUCCCCAUUAGGAACGAUUGUGAAAUUCCCACCAGAAGAUCCUGUGGUUACCCAGCCUAUAAGACCAGCACCAAUACAUCUCUUCAGCGCGCCUAUGCCGGACCCAGGAUCUCCAGGAGCUCCCUGUUUCGAUGGCAAGGAUGUGACAGACCAGUCACACGAAACAGAUGAAGAGAUACGCCAUUUUCUUACAGAAUUCUCUUUAAUCUCGGAUGUGUUGAUGUCUCGGGGUCUGAUGCCGGAACUCAUGAGGUGCGAGUGGUUGUUACAGGGAUUACCGACUUGGCUCAGCAGUGAGGUAAUAGAAAGGAGAGAGAUCUAUUUCGACGAUCCUUCUUCAGUAAGAAAAAUCCACCUCUCGUGGCUGUUGCAGGUUGCGAUGGACACUCUGAAUGCCCAGAGGCACAAUGAUCUUACCAUGAAGAUCAUCGAGCAACAGGGGCCAAAGAAGGUUGGUUUUUCGGCCGAAAAACCGCUUAUCUUGACGAAAGCCUGGGAGGCCUCAGGAAUGCAUGAACGGGAUGUUUCCAACGAGCGGUUGACAAACCAGAUUGCUGAUAUGAUAAAGGGCUUUGACCAAUUAAAACUCGCAGUGAACAACCUAUCGUUAACGAUAAACGCCCAGAGGAACCCCGCUCAUGUCCCUUCUGAAGGUCAUGGACCUUCACAACUUCGUCUGCACUCUAUGUACAGCAAAUAA